AUGGCCACCAAAGUCCAGAAAUCCCGAGCACGGUGUUCCUGCUUCCCUUCGUGUUUUCAAAUUCCCAGCUUCUUCAGCGAACAGAAGAAGAAGAAGAAGAAGAAGAAGUCCCAUGCACAGAUUGAUCCACGAGUUUCACGAAAGCCUGACGAUUCGAAAGAUAGGCCUGAGAAGCAAGGGAGAAUAUGGAUGAAGUGGUCUUGGUUUAAGCCGAUGAAAUCUGGCCGGAAACAGCUGCCGGAACUUAAUCCGAGAAUCGCUCAGAUGCUAGGAUGGCACGAAGUCGGACGAAAGGAUGCAGAGAGGGCGAUCACGUCCACAGCUGAUCAGAAGAUCGCCGGGAGCUCAAAUGGCAUUGCAGAUGACAAUUCCGGCCACCAAUCUAGACCUGAAGCCACAAUAUUUCCAACUAAAACAACAGUCGGCGACUCGUCGGCAGAUCAAAGCCAACAAAAGGCAAAUUUCCGACCGAAUAGAUCAGAAUCCCAAGAAAUUAUUGCCAUACGAGAAAUUCAAGAAGUGACAGCGGCACCGGAAAGUCAAGUUCAUGAAACACGCGGUCGAGAUCCGGCGACAACUUCCUCGGAAAAGAAUUCUAGCUUUGAGAAAACUAGUGCACGUAAUAAGCAGAAGCCCCGGAAAUCCCUUCUCCCACCGGAUUUUUCCCGGAAUCGGAUCGAUAGAGCAAGGAAGAAGUCGGAUUACGAACUCGGGCCUAUGGUAGGGAUGUCAAUCGUUCUUGUAAGUCUUACUUCACUGCUUCUAUGCGGCAGACUGUGUUCCAUCUUCUGGACCAGCGCCUGUCUGUGCUUGGUCCCUCGACUAAGGAGGCGGGAGACCACCCACCGAGCCGAUGCCGAGAUGGACGGUCAUGCUCAGCUGGAUAUGGACUCAGAUGAGUACAAGAAGAAGGUGAUCAUGGAAGGCAUGCUCAAAAGGAACCACAAGAACUGAAUCUAACUUAUUGGUUCCAUAGUCUUAAAAGGUGAACAUAUAGAGAGAGGUAUUGUUAAUUAUUUUUUGUAGAAAGGCUAACUUUUCUUGGUCUUUGCUCAAUUGGGUUGAGAUCUUAAAGAGUUUAUGUUUCUCUUUGUUUCUUUUUUUUUUCCCAUUUUGAGAAUUUCA